UAGUCUGGUUCACGCCAUACUUCUCUUGUGCUUUCGUAACGGAAUGCAGCAGAACGGAAGUGGGCAGGGAUCCGACUAUCAUCAGUAAACGCGCGUAAAACCGGCUUUCGCGCGAGAAUAACACGUCAGCAUUGCAACAAAACGCAGAAGUAUACUUUCGAGAUGAAGGGCAAGCUUGUUCUUCAGGAUGGUUCCUGCUUUGAGGGAACAUUGUUUGGGGCUGAAAAAAGCAUAGCUGGUGAAGUUGUCUUCCAGACUGGGAUGGUCGGCUACACGGAGUCCCUCACAGACCCAUCCUACUGCUCCCAGAUACUCAUUUUCACCUACCCUCUGAUCGGCAACUACGGCGUGCCGCCGCACGAGAACGACGAGCACGGAUUGGACCGCUGGUUCGAGGACCUGAGCGAGCCGACAGACCAGCGCAUCUUCGUUCUGGCGGCGGCGCUGAAGGCCGGCUACACGAUCGAUCGGCUCUACGAGCUGACGAAGAUCGACCGCUGGUUCCUGCACAAGUUCCGCAACAUCGUCGACUACUACGAGCGGCUGGAGUACUACCGCGGCACCGAGCUGCCGCGAGACGUGCUGCUCGACGCGAAGAGGCUCGGCUUCUCCGAUCGACAGAUCGCUUACUGCGUGCAGAGCUUGGAAACAGCUAUCAAAGCCUUGAAGGAGGAGAACAUAGAGACUGUACUCAUCAAUCCCAAUAUCGCCACGGUACAGACGUCAAAGGGACUCGCGGACCGUGUCUACUUCCUGCCAAUUAUUCCAGACUAUGUUACAGAGGUGAUCCGCACGGAGCGGCCGGACGGCGUGCUGCUGUCGUUUGGCGGCCAGACGGCGCUCAACUGUGGCGUGAGUCUGUGGCGCAGCGGCGUCUUCGACAAGUACAACGUGCGCGUGCUCGGCACGCCCAUCUCGUCCGUCGUCGACACCGAGGACAGGAAGGUGUUCGCGACGCGCAUGGAGGAGAUAGGAGAGCACGUCGCGCCGAGCGAGGCGGCACACUCCAUCGGCGAGAGCUAUUCAAUCAUCCAGACACGGAGAUACAUUUUUCCCAACACGCACGCCAGUCCACCUAACGGCCAGUGCGCGCAGUCUCCAGCCGAGUGGCUACCAGCGAGUCCUCACAGACCCAUCCUACUGCUGCUCCCAAUACCAUUCCACUACCCUCUGAUCGCAACUACGGCGUCCGCCGCACGAGCACCGACAGCCACCGAUGGACCUCUGUCGAGUCGCGCGCAUCUGGGCGUGCCGACUCGUUGCGGCGACUUGUCGGCGCAAUACUGUCCACGGUCGGCGACGCGCUCGCUGCACGAGUGGCUGAGCGGCGAGGGCGUGCCCGCCAUCUACGGUGAGUUUCGAGAACUAAACGUGGAGAUUCUUAUGAUUGGUAGCAGCAUGAAGAGUGUUGGUGAGGUCAUGGCCAUUGGCCGCAAAUUUGAGGAGGCGAUGCAAAAGGCACUGCGCAUGGUCGAUGAGGGUACAUUUGGCUUUGACCCCUACAAGGCCAAGGUCAGCGAUAAGAUGCAAGCAGGGGACUUUGCCAAUGCUGCUGAUGCGAAUCGUUGUCAUGGUAACAGCAGCGGCACAGCCGUUGUUGUGGAUGACACGCAGUACUACAUCAUUGAGGUGAAUGCGCGGCUGUCGCGCAGUUCUGCACUGGCCAGCAAGGCUACCGGCUACCCGCUAGCCUACAUCGCGGCGAAGCUUGCCCUCGGCACGCCGCUGCCCGCACUCAAGAACUCCAUCACCGGCUCGACUACAGCCUGCUUUGAGCCGAGCCUCGACUACUGCGUCGUGAAGCUGCCGCGAUGGGACCUCAGCAAGUUCCAGCGCGUCAGCAGCAAGGUGGGUGUGCGGCGACAUCUAUUGGCGACUGCGGACACGGAACUGGUUGUGCGUAAGACGAGGAAGGACUUGGGAGUUUUGUCCUGCAUAAAACAGAUUGAUACUUUGGCCGGAGAGUGGCCAGCGCACACUAACUACCUCUACUCAACCUACAAUGGCAUUGAGCAUGACGUUGAAUUUUCUGGCGAUUACACCAUGGUGAUUGGCUCAGGUGUCUAUCGCAUUGGCAGUAGUGUUGAGUUUGACUGGUGUGCAGUAGGUUGCAUAAAAGAACUUAGGAAGCUCGGCUACAAAACAAUUAUGUUGAACUACAAUCCGGAAACAGUGAGCACAGAUUAUGACAUGUGUGACCGGCUCUACUUUGACGAGAUAUCACUCGAGGUGGUGAUGGAUAUCUAUGAGCUGGAGAACCCAACAGGUGUCAUCCUAUGUAUGGGAGGACAGCUGCCAAACAACAUAGCCAUGGCUCUUCACAGACAGCAGGCACGAAUCCUUGGCACCUCUCCAGAGAACAUUGACAGUGCAGAGAACAGGUUCAAGUUUUCGCGCAUGCUCGACAGCAUUGGUAUAAGCCAGCCACGUUGGAAGGAGCUGACAACCGUCGAGGCGGCGAAGGUGUUCUGUCAGGAGGUGGGGUAUCCGUGCCUCGUGCGACCUUCCUACGUGCUGAGCGGCGCGGCGAUGAACGUGGCGCACUCUGACCGCGACCUUGAGAACUAUCUCAACAUGGCCAGCCAGGUCUCGAAGGAACACCCGGUCGUCAUCUCCAGGUUCAUUCUCGAAGCGAAGGAGAUUGACGUGGAUGCGGUGGCGUGCGACGGCAGGGUGCUGAGCAUGGCCGUGUCGGAGCACGUCGAGAACGCCGGCGUGCACUCCGGGGACGCGACCCUCGUCACGCCGCCGCAGGACCUCAACGCCGAGACCCUCGAGAAGAUUCGCGUGAUCUGCCAUGCCAUCGGGCAGGAGCUCGAAGUCACGGGACCUUUCAACAUGCAGCUCAUCGCCAAGGACAAUCAACUGAAGGUGAUUGAAUGCAACCUCCGAGUCUCCCGUUCAUUCCCCUUCAUCUCCAAAACGCUCGGCCAUGAUUUCAUCUCCAUGGCAACGCAGGCUAUCAUGGGCAAGUCACCAGAACCGGUCGAUGUGGUGUUUGGAACGUCAGAAGCCCAUGGCAAAGUCGGAGUAAAGGUGCCGCAGUUUUCGUUCUCGCGGCUGGCAGGAGCCGACGUCAUGCUUGGAGUGGAGAUGUCUAGCACAGGAGAAGUGGCCUGCUACGGAGAGAAUCGCUACGAGGCGUAUCUGAAGGCAAUGCUCAGCACCGGCUUCCGAAUUCCGCAGAAAAACAUCCUGAUAUCUGUCGGCAGUUUCAAGCACAAGUCAGAGCUGCUCUCCACCGUCCAGCAUCUGGAGAAGAUGGGCUUCCAGCUGUACGCGAGCAUAGGCACGGCCGACUUCUACUCCGAACACGGCGUCAAGAUCCUACCGGUCGAGUGGCAGCUUGAGGAGAUGGACAACAAGGACACGUCCUGUCAGCCCGACAUACUGAACAUUCUCGACCGACUCGCGCAGAACCACUUUGACCUCGUCAUCAACCUUCCGAUGCGCAAUGGAGGCGCGCGGCGCGUCUCCUCCUUUAUGACCCAGGGUUACAGGACACGCAGAAUGGCUGUGGAUUACUCGAUCCCUCUCCUCACUGACGUCAAGUGUGUCAAACUCUUCGUUGAGGCACUUAGGAGGGUGGGUCUUAAAACAGCACCAACCCUAAAGACAAACAUAGAAUGUCUGACCUCAAACAGGAUCCUGACAUUACCUGGCCUCAUCGACGUCCAUGUACACCUGCGUGAACCUGGCGCCACCUACAAGGAAGACUUUGCAUCCGGCACGGCAGCCGCACUCGCUGGAGGGAUCACACUCGUGCUGGCCAUGCCAAACACCCAGCCAGCAAUCACCGACCAAGACUCAUUUGACCUGGUCGCAAAGUUGGCCAGCAAGGGCGCGCGCUGUGACUACGGUCUGUUUGUCGGCGCUGCCAGUGACAACGCGGAGAAGGUGGCGACAAUCGGCUCGGCCGCGGCUGGCCUCAAGAUGUACCUCAACGACACGUUCACAACACUGAAGCUUGACGACAUCACAACAUGGAUGAAGCAUUUCGAACAUUGGCCUAAGAACCUGCCGCUGUGCUGCCACGCGGAGGGCGCUACGACUGCUGCCGUCCUGCUGCUGGCCGAGCUUUACAAGCGCCCCGUGCACAUCUGCCAUGUCGCACGCAAGGAAGAGAUUCUCAUCAUUAAAGCGUCAAAGGAGAAGGGCAUACAGGUGACGUGCGAGGUGUCGCCGCACCACCUCUUCCUGACGGCGGCCGACGCCACGACGCUGGGGUCGCGCGGAGGCGUGAAGCCAGCGCUCGUCACCAAGGAAGACCAGGCCGCGCUGUGGGACAACAUGGCCGUCAUCGACUGCUUCGCAACGGACCAUGCGCCCCACAGUGUCGAGGAGAAGUUUUCCGAGAAUGCUCCGCCAGGCUUCCCAGGCCUGGAGACGAUGCUGCCGCUGCUGCUGACGGCGGUCAACGAUGGCCGACUCACGAUCGACGACAUAGUGGAGCGUCUCUACACGAACCCCAAGAAGAUAUUCGGCCUCCCCGACCAGAGCGACACUUACAUCGAGGUGGACAUGGACAGGGAAUGGGUGAUACCGCAGGCGAUGGCGUUCACCAAGUCACGCUGGACUCCGUUCGCGGGCAAGCAUGUGAAGGGGGCCGUGCGGCGCGUCGUGCUGCGUGGAGAAGUUGCCUACGUCGACGGAGAGAUGCUGCUGCCACCUGGCUUCGGAAAGGAUGUCCGACAGAUCACUCGCGGUUAUACCAAACUGAGUGUGAGCAUUCCUGCUAUGACGAUGGUUUCCGCUCCGGCGAGCCCCACAGGCGAUGUUCGCAAACACGCUAUGUUCUCUCCUCGACUCGGUGCAGAGUGCUUCGGGCCCGGCCCCAGUCCGGGAUCGGCGGGUAACGACUCGCAGUUCCAGAUGCAAGAAACCUACAGCCAGGUUCUGACUGAGCUAGGACAGGGUGACGGGCCGCGCACGUCGCGCCAGCAGAGGAACGAGUCUCUGACGUUGGUGGCCCCGCCGGGCCUUCCAUCAGUGCUGCCGCGCGCACUACCUCACGCGCGCAGCGGUACAACUCACGGCAUCACCGGCAAGCACAUUCUCUCUGCGACAUCGCUGACAAAGGAGCAGAAAUUGUCUGUGCGCAACUUCUCGGUGGAUCCGGCUGUACACCGUUCCCCGUCGGUGUUCUACGAGGUCAGCACACGCACCAGCUGCUCUUUUGCUGCGGCGAUGCAGCGUCUAGGUGGCACCGUCAUCAGCGUCACCGACACGACAUCCUCCGUGCAGAAGGGCGAGAGUUUAGAAGACACGAUCAGAGUUAUGUCGGGCUAUUCGGACGUCGUAGUUUUGAGGCAUCCGAAACCUGGAGCGGUCGCGCUCGCUGCCAAGACUUCCAUGAAGCCUGUGAUUAAUGCAGGAGAUGGCACUGGCGAGCACCCCACCCAAGCUCUCCUCGACAUCUUCACAAUACGCGAGGAAAUCGGCACGGUGAACGGACUGACGGUGACGAUGGUGGGCGACCUCAAACAUGGCCGCACCGUGCAUUCGCUCGCCAAGCUGCUGACGAUGUAUCGCGUGAGCCUGCGCUACGUGUCGCCCGUCUCGCUACGCAUGCCCCAUGCCAUCAUCGACUACAUUCGCUCGACGGGCACGCAGCAGGAGGAGUUUGCGAGCCUGGAGGAGGCGCUGCCGGACACGGACGUGCUCUACGUGACGCGCGUGCAGCGCGAGCGAUUCGCGUCGCCCGACGCCUACCGGCAGGCGUGCAACCAUUUUGUCGUCACCCCGCAGCUGAUGACACUCGCCAAGGCGAAGAUGGUCGUCAUGCACCCGCUUCCCCGGUUAGACGAGAUCAGCUCCAAGUGCGACAUGGAUCCGCGGGCCGCCUACUUCAGACAGGCUGAGAACGGCAUGUUCGUGCGCAUGGCACUACUAGCACUCGUGCUGGGAUCAGUGUGAUGUAUCGCAUGCAGACACAUACCUAUGUGAACUAAAGAAUGCUCGAGGAUAUGCCAGCAAGCAUCAGGGGACUUCAGAAGCUUGAAUUAUUAAGCACAUUGUAAUUCUACGGUGUCGUAACUUUCGCUGCUGUGUAACAGUUGUGACGUUUCAUACUUGUUAUGCAGCUGUAAGUAUUUAUGUUCCUGGCAAUAUGGCCCUGGUAUUCUAGUAGUCUGUGAUUUUCUUAUGACAACUUGGCAUGGGGCUACCGGGGGGGCUGUGAAGUGUGUGCACUGUGCACACAGCUAAUGAUGUAACAGGUGUGCCAGAUAUACACCUGUCAGCGCAUCAGAAAUUAUUGUCAGAUUUGUCAAUUUGUUGUAUGUUGUCGGGCUGUGCGGUGGUGGGGAAAAUGUUUAAGAGUAAUGUGAUGUAGGGUGUAGGUGGCUAAAGCCUUCUGCCCAUUGCACAUGUUCAACGAUGUGUUCGAAUGUAUUUGAAUGUGUUUAACACACGCUGGGUAUGAUAGUUAUAUUCCAAAUACGUUCGAUGUGGAAAACGAGUUGUUUAAUUUAAUUAAACGCGAUGUAACGUGGCGUAAGAUAAAUUUGAAUGAAUAAUGAAAAAAACACGUAGUCUGUGAUGCAGAAGAAACAAUAUUAUCACUGUAAUAGUAUUACGUGUGUUCAGUCAGUGUGAUAGGCAAUGAAAUUAUCAUGACAUGCUCAAUUCAUGAUUCUCACAGAUUAAGUCAUUCGGCAGUGGAGUAUAGUCCUUAGUUUAUGUCAUUGACUUAUAGUAAUCAAUAAACUAAACUAUGAAGCUGCAAAACAAAUUCGAGGCAAAAUGAAAUAAACUUCCACGAGAUACACAUUUA